AUGAAUUUGUCAGCCUUCAAAGGAGCUGAUUCAAGCCAGUUUUGCUAUCCAGCAGUGAAUGACUCUUGUGUGAAGGGGACCUACAGUAAAGGAGCUCAGAUCAUCUUGUAUAUUUUAUUGGUUGUAAGCAUGGUGGUCACCAUACUUGGUAACUUGGCAGUCAUUGUGUCUAUAGCACAUUUCAGACAGUUGCACACACCAACCAACAUGCUUGUGAUGUCUCUGGCACUUGCAGAUAUGCUGCUGGGAGUGUUUGUCAUGCCGUUUAGCAUUGUAAGGUCUGUUGAAGGAUGCUGGUACUAUGGUGAUGCUUUCUGUUUGUUGCACUCCAGUUUUGACAUGUUCCUUACAUCUGUGUCCAUAUUCCACCUGAUUUGUAUAGCUAUAGAUCGAUACCAAGCUGUUUGUAAUCCGCUACAUUACCCAACCAGGAUGACUAUACCCGUGGCAUGGCUCAUGAUUGCUUUGAGUUGGGGUGUUGCUGCAAUCUAUUCUUAUGGACUUUUGUAUUCUAAAGCAAAUAUAGCUGGACUAGACGAGUUUAUUGAAUCAAUAUAUUGCUUCGGGAGUUGUAAUUUGUUAUUUAAUGCAUUGUGGGGAGCACUAGACACGCUGAUAGCUUUUCUCCUACCAUGCUCUGUCAUGGCAGGAUUAUAUGCAAAAAUAUUUUUAGUCGCAAAAAAACACGCUAAGAAGAUUGGUGAAGCAGGCCUCAACCACAGAAAUUGCAACAAGGAAAACAGAAAUCAAAUUUCUCAGAGUUCUGAGCGCAAGGCUGCAAAAACAUUAGGCAUUGUUGUGGGUGCAUUUAUCUUCUGCUGGAUGCCUUUCUUUAUUAACUCUCUGGUUGAUCCUUAUACAGAUUUUGCAACCCCAAACAUUUUCUUUGAAGUGUUUGUGUGGCUGGGCUACUUUAAUUCUACAAUAAACCCUAUCAUAUAUGCACUUUUUUAUCCAUGGUUCAGAAAAUCGAUUUAUCUAAUUGUUUCAUUAAAGAUAUUUCAGACACAUUCCUGUGAUAUAAAUGUCUUUACCCCUUAA